AUGUACCACGAGCUCACCUGUCGCCAGGCUUUUCUCUCCCCCCGCAAAACCCUCUUCUCCUCAACUUUCCUUCCCUCUCCCUGCCAACCGUCGCUGCAACCACGCCUGCUCUCCGACUGUUCCUGCUGUGUUCCCCACAACCCCCACCCAUCCUCCGCCAGAGCGUCCGCCUCCUCCUUCUCUCAAAACGGCGCCUCUUCUUAUCCGCCUUACCAGCAACCCCCGUACCGCCACCAACAACCCUCUUUCCCACCACCCCUCUCCUACCCGCCUCCGUUCCCCACCCCAUCACCUUACCCUCACACCCUCCCGCUACCGUCACACUCGUUUCAACCGCAAGCGGCGUCGGCAGCAUGUCCGCCCGGCGUGGCCGUGUUCUGGGACUACGAGAACUGCCCCGUGCCCGUCGGCGCCGACUGCGCUGCGCUCGUGCGCCGCCUGCGCGACUUGGCGCGCGCGUUCGGCGCGGUGCGGAGCGUGCGCGCGUACGGGAAGCCGGAGGAGGUGCAUGCGCGCAUGGUGGGGAAGAUGGGCGCGUGCGGCGUGGAGGUGGUGGCGGUGGCGGCGGGCAAGGAGAUGGCGGACAAGGCCAUCAUCACGGACGCGCUGCUCUUCGCCCUCGACGAACGAGAGAUGAACCGAGCUGUGGCGCCGUGCGUGGUGGUGGUAUCAGGCGACGUGGGGUUCGCGGGUGUGCUGGCGAAGCUCACCAACCGCGGCGUCACCACCGUGCUGCUCGCGCGCCCGCGCAAGAACGGCAGCAAGGGCAAGCGCGGCACCAUCCCCGCGCCCCUCGCGCAGUCGGCGAUGGUGACUCUUGACUGGGACCAGCUCAUCGCCGCGGGGGACAGCGGUGCCGCCGGGGAGAACGGGUGGAGGAGCGGCAAAGCGGGCGACGAUGGUGGUGUUGCUGAUGCGGGGAAUGGGGGUGCUGCUGCUGCAGUUGCGCGCGGUAGCAGCAUCUUUGGGGGUGGGAGGGAGGGCGAGGAGGAGGUGCAGCAGCGGCUGCGAUGGCUGGAGGAGCGCCUGCGCCACGUGGAGAGGGGCUCGGCGAGUGGUGGGAGGGACAGCACGACCAGCAGUAGUAGCGCGUGUGAUGGGGCGAGUGAAGCAGCAGGUGACGCAGGUCAAGACAUGACCCCCGCAGGCAGCGCCCAAGCUGUACCGCCGCCGGAGCUCAAGGCAGGUGAGGCAGCGCCGUCCCACGCAGAGGCAGGAGGGGCUCCGCGCAGGGAGUCGUGGGCGGAGGUGAUGGCGCGCGCCCUGCCCGUGCGCGCGCCCGCGGACGUGCUGACAGCGCGCCUGCGCGCCCACAUGCUUACCACGCUCGCCGCCCACGGCGCUGUGACCACGUCCGCCCUGUUCGUGGCGUACCAGCGCGUGUGGGGGCGCCAGCUGCGCCUGGCGGACUACGCGCUGCGCGACGUGAAGGCGCUGGUGGCGCUGCUGGCGGACGUGGUGGCGGUGAGCGAGGGGUGGCCGGGGCAGGCGGCGCGCAAGAAGAUGAGCGUGGAGGCACGCGAGGCCAUGGCGCGGCGAAGAACCUUCUCCCUCGUGCGCUCGCACGGCAACCUGCGCGCGCUGGCGCUGGUGCAGUCACGGCUGCGCUGCGUGGUGGUGGCUGUGCUGCAGCAGCACGUGGCCCGCGCGGAUGCCGCCUACGCUGCUGCUCGCUCUGCACGGGGCAGCAGGAGUGGGGACGGCGUGGGGUUGAGUGAAGGCAGCACUAGUGGCAAGGAUGGGAGCAGCAGGAGCGAUACAAAUGGCAGUGCGAGUGUCAUCAGCAGCGGCGGCAGCGGUGGCACAAGGGGUAAUGCACGCGACAGGAGGGCGAGCCGGUGGAUGGCGGUGGAGGAGGUGGGCGCGGCGGUGAGGCGCGCGUGCAAGGAGAGGCUGGGCGCGGUGCUGGCCCGGCACGGGUACGGGCGAGACGCCUUCUGCAACGUGUCUGAGAAGGCGCGGCUGGUGGCGGUGCUGGCUGACAUGCCCGACCUCGUGCGCCUCAAGAAGCUGCGAGGCGCGGGGGGCGUGGUGCUGGUGGGACUGGUGGCGGGCGCUGAGGCGGACCCCCUCGUGGCGCACCGUGGAGAAGGGGAUGAUGAGCUGGAUGAGGGGAAGGAGAGCGAUGAAGAGGAGGAAGAGGACAAGGAGGAGGAGGAAGCGGAUAUUGGGAGGUGGGUGGUAAGGGAGGCUGUGAGGAAAGGAGGCGAGCGGGGCAUGUUGGGUGAUGGAAGUGAGGGCGAUUGGAGUGAGGAGGGGAGUGAUGGAGAGGAAGGGGAGGAAGAGGAGGAAGAGGAUGAAGAGGAGGAAGAGGAUGAGUGGUGGGAAGAUGAUGAGGAGGAAGAGGAGGAAGAGGAGGAAGAGGAAGAGGAAGAGGAGGAGGAAGAGGAGGAGGAAGAUGAGGAGGAAGAGGAGGAAGGAGAGGAGGAGGAAUAUGAGGAGGAGGACGAGUAUGGGUUUCUGGCAACAAGGGAUAUGUACGAGGAAGAGGAAGAAGAGCACUCAUGGCAGGGCAGGGAGGCGACGGAGGGCAGGGGGGACAGGGAGGGCAAGGAGAGCAGGAAGGGCAGGGAGGGCGGGGUGCAAGUAGCAGGUGGGGGGCGCAUGGGGGAGGAUGGUGGCGUGGUGGGUGGGCGUGGCAGCGCAUACAGUGAAUGGGGCGAGAAGGCGGAGGGCGAGAGCGCGCAAGAGCAGGGCAGCAGCGCGGGCGUAGGGGCGGAGCAGGCACAUGGAGCCUCGUUUGCGCGUGGCGAGUGCAGAGCAGGGGCAGCAGGCGGUGGGGGUGUGGAGGGAUACCGUGUGGUGGCAGGGUGGCAGGAGUGGCAGGGCGAGGAGGGCGAGGAGUAUGCAUACUAUGCGGGAUAUGACAGCCAUGAGAGUGAGAGGGAGGGGGAUGGAGAUGCUCGUAUGAAUGGUGCACUGCAUGCGCUGUAUCACCCGCCUCUCAUUGCGCCCGUGGAUGCUGCACCGUCAUCUUCACCUGCAGUGUCACCUUCACCUGCAGUGUCACCUUCACCUGCAGUGUCACCUUCACCUGCAGUGUCACCUUCACCUGCACCGUCACCUUCACCUGCAGUGUCACCUUCACCUGCACCGUCACCUUCACCUGCAGUGUCACCUUCACCUGCACCGUCACCUUCACCUGCAGUGUCACCUUCACCUGCACCGUCACCUUCACCUGCAGUGUCACCUUCACCUGCACCGUCACCUUCACCUGCAGUGUCACCUUCACCUGCACCGUCACCUUCACCUGCAGUGUCACCUUCACCUGCAGUGUCACCUUCACCUGCACCUUCACCUGCCCCUUCACCUGUCCCUUCACCUGCCCCUUCACCUCCCCCUUCACCUGCCCCUUCACCUGCCCCUUCACCUGCCCCUUCACCUGCCCCUUCACCUGCCCCUUCAGCUGUCUCUACAGCUGCCCCUUCAGCCGUGCAGUCCGCCCCGCGCCUUGCUCGCCUUGCUCGCCACCCACCCCACCCGCCUGCUGCCUCUGAGCUCGCCCAGGGGGACGUGGGUCAACUGUUGCAGCACCACGCACACCCCGCUCCCCUGCACAAGCCAGACUGCCAUGCCCAACACUCCCCAGGUGCUGCCCACACCACAGCGUCCCACGACCCGCUGUGGCCCGCCGUGUUUGCCUCCUCGUGUGCCCUGCGCUCGCCCCUCGAGCUCGCCCUCCUGCGCUUCUCCCUCCGCACUCUCACUCUCCUCGCCGCGCGCGGCCCGCUCCCUCUGGCCGGCAUGGCUCGGGAGUUUGUGCAGCGCGGCUGGUGGAGGCCCGACCCUGCUCAGGUGGAUGUGGAUGCGCUGGUCAGGCCGAUUGCCACGGUGGUGCGUGAUUACAAUGAGUACUCAUAUGUCGAAGGAGGUAGAGCGGUGGGAGGAGAGGAAGGUGCGGCGGGGGGUGAGGGAGCCAGUGUGGUUGGUGUCGCAGCCACUCGUGAUUCUGGUGAGGGUGGUAACUCUGGUGGUGGUAAAGCUGUGGCUGCGGCUCCUUGGGUUGUGGGAGCAGCGGUGAAUGGGAGGGGAUGGGUGCAGCGCGAGCAGAGGCUGGCAGUGGCUGAGAGUGAGAGGGCGUUGCAGCUGCUGAGUCUCGUGCAGUCUGGGCUGCGCCGUGUGGUGCUGGGGGUCAUGCUCACACACGGUGCUGACUGGGAUGCCCCCCCUGCUCCCAGUGAACCCUUUGAAAAGGACAGCUUCAGACGAAGCAGCUGCAGCAGCAGCAGGUGGAUGUGGCUGGAGGAGCUAGCAGGCAGGCUAGAGGAGCACACUGGUCAUUCCCUGCCAAGCCUGCUCGCCAGGCAUGGGUACGGCAGCCGUGCCUUCCCCAGGUGGUCCGUGAAGGCCCGGCUGGUGGCACUGCUGGGUGACAUGCCUGACCUCGUGCGCGUGGGUGGCGGAGAGGCGCUGCUGCCUAAGGCGGAGGUGACCCAGGGGGAGCACAGGGGCGCACUGAAACACCAUGACACAAACAUGUGCGAGGGUGAGCGGUGGAAAGAUCAAAGUUAUGAGGAGGGUUUUGAAGCAGUGGGAGAGAUGAAUAUGUGGAGGGAUGGGUGUGUGGAUGACGAGGAGGCGGCUGAGGAGUGGUGGCUGGAGAUGGAUGGCGGGGAAUGGGCCGACAGUGAUGACCUGGGCCUGCGGCACUGCGGCCUGGUGGUGGUGCUGGCAGGGGGUGCUGAGCUGGACCCGCGCUUCAAGACAUGGCACGUGCGCAACGAGGGCAGGUGGGACGGGCGCGUCUACUCCAUGGCUGGGCUCAGCCUCGGGAUUGCCUCCGCGCUUGCUUCUUCUGGCGGAGGUGUCGAACAAAGGGUGCAAAGUGAUAGAUUCAAACGUGAGGGGAAGGAUAAGGUGUGGGGAAUGGAUGGGAUGGGGUAUGAUGAUGGUCUUACGAGCAGAGACGGUGUGAGGGACGAUGUGAUGGAGCGUGUGGUGAUCCAUGUGAGUGAGUGGGUGGUGAAUGUGCCGAAGGGAUUUGACGUGGAGAGAGUGGUCGAGAUGGAGAGGAAGUGGAGGGAGGAAGAUGCGGAAGUUGAAUCGCCAUGCGCUAGCUUUCCCACAAUGCUCAGACGCGCUGCCGCCAAGGGCCCACCGACUGUUACCGCGGAAGGGGAGGCUAGUUUUGCGCGCUCCACGAGGAUCGCCUCUUUCUUCGGUGUUUUAUUCCUACUCGUGGUUACCACGUCUUGUUACACCAAUCGGUACUUCGCUACCGUUUCAGAGGAUUCCGUUCAUCCAGAUGACCUCAGCGAUCAGGAAUCCAUGUCGGAAGCUACCGUCAAAGAUAGAGAUCAGACGUUUCCGACAGUGGAGGCGAGUGCGACGGAGAAGCUCGCAUUCCUCUUCCUCACGCGAGGCCCGCUCCCCCUCGCGCCGCUGUGGGACCGAGUCUUCCAGGGCCACGAGGGGCGGUACUCCGUGUACGUACACACGUCCACGCCCGGCUUCGCCUUCCCGCCGGACUUCUCGCCCACCUUCCGAGACGCGCUCAUCCCAGGCGGCAAGGUGGUGUGGGGCGACUUCUCAAUGGUGGAGGCGGAGAGGAAGCUGCUCGCUGCUGCCUUCUUCGACCCCCUCAACGCCUUCUUCGCCCUCCUCUCUGACUCGUGA